GUGCUUUUGGGAAACUGAAAUCACGUGCCAAGAAGAAUCAGGCGGCGCUUGUCAGCGCCGCGCCGCCGACAUGGGCACAACAAUUCGUGAAAAGAACUCGAUCGGAUUUCUCUUUAUCAUGAGCGCAUACUAAAGAUUGAAGAUUGCUCUGUAAAUAGCACGUCCGUCUUCGGUCGCCGAUGUGCGCGCCUUAAAUUCCGUAGGCAUACCUUCACAAGUAUUCCUAUUAUGGCUGUGAGCUGUGAGCAGCACUUACAUUAUUAGUACUCCGUGUACAUGAGGUUGCAGCGCUUUAAUUUGAAGGCGUUUUAAGGCUGACUCACCUCCCCGCUCUCUCGCUCCUAUAGUAAACCAAUACCUACUCUUUUAAAAUCAAACCAACCGCUUUUUGCAUAGUUGUAAUUUCUUCAAUUUCUAAGCAUUUUUGCUAUGUACUGUUUUUAAAGAUUGAGUGGGAGGAAACAGAGGGUCCGUCCCACAGUCGCUACGCGGUCCAGCCUCAAGCUGUGAGAGAAAUUCGCAUCCUCCACACGUAUAAUUUGUGACUCUGAGAGAAUUUUUACCAUCUUAAUAAAUUAAUAUUAUUUGUUUUAAAAUAUUUUUUGCUCUUUGCUGCUUCUUUUUAUUAGUACACACCCCUCAUGACUGAAAAGGAAGAUAACUCGAAUGAAUGGUAAAACACCCGUAAUAAGCAAAUCGGAGGGUGACCAUUAACCCAAGGGGGGAAGGGGGAUGCCAAUGUUUAUGACGACUUUGAUGUUAGAAUAACGUAUGCCGCCUUGUAAAAUUUGUUAAAAAAUCACUGAUGGUUUUUGCGGUGUGCGUGCGCUUCGAAAUCAACGAAAAGACGUAAGAUUUGUUGAUUUGAAUUUUCCCGCGCGCGCUCUGUAAGAACGGCCUUGGUUGACAGCUGAUUUUGUUUUUGUUCUCUCACUCACACAAUCACACAUUGACAUUUGUUUGUUUUGUGCACGAUGAAUAAUGUAAUGUAUCUUUCAUUUCAAUGAAACUUCUCAGGUUUCUGCUUUCUUAGCAAAUUUUUCUGUUUUCUCCACUCUGCUUUAUGUAUGUUAAUUGUUCACUAUUGCUUGUGUUACUCCUGACAUUGCUUUAAAAUCGUUUUGAGUGUUUUUGAUUCGUUUAUCAGCAUUGAGUCAGACACCAAGUUUAUUGUCCUGUGUUUUUGGUUUCUAUCCACAAAGAAUGAAUCAGAUCAGUGCACUGAAUGAAAACUUUAUCAGAAGGUGUUUUCACAUCGUUAGUUAAUUGUCUUAUGUAGCCUAUAACAUGCUAUCUGUUGUUGAUCAGAAUUGGCUUCGCCAUGCGUACCGUCAACUUGUAACUGUGACGGAGAGUCGGAUUCCUCUCAUUUAUCUUCAGAUCUAACACAGGAGACUUUAAAAUCAGAUCACCAGUGCAGAAACAAACCAACCAUGAUGGCCCAAAAAGAACGCCGCAAAAAAACGAAAAAGGAAUCGGAAGUCGAGUGCCUGAUAACAGAUGCCAUGGGCUGUGAUGGAGAUCAUGAUAAGCCUAAUGAAACAAUUGUUCACAUAGAAAAUGAAACAAGCGUACAAGAUGCAUCUAAAAAAAUGGUUAAUGACAAAUUUAUGUAUGUGAACAUGUGUGAUAAUAUCAUUACAGAUUCAAUCGAGGCAGUGCACAGUAAAAUUCCGCAACCUCCCACACUGGAGAAAUCGACUGAGGACCCUGGUAGCUUUUCUGCCACUAUUUUUGAUAUAAUUGAAGAUGUAGAUGGAAUAAAUCACAAGAAUGUUACAGUUGUAGAUACCCCUAUUGCGCCUUCUGCAGAGAAUGGAAACGAAUUUGUUCCAAUGGACUCUUCUGUUGAUACUCUUCUUGAUCCUUUGAAUCAACUCGAGAUAGGAUUUACAUCACCAUCAGCUCCAAGUAUGGUUCCAGAUAUCGAAUGCACUAAUCACAUUCCUAGUCAACCCAAGAGUCUAUCGCUAGACUCUCGCACAAGUCCUGUAGAUUCUGUAGCAGAACUUUCUAGUCUAUUGCACAAAAAAGAUGAGAUGGAACCCUUUACGCCUGCUCAGUUGGCAUCAUUGUACCGGAACAAAGAGCUGGAGCAGAAUGAGGCAAUCAUUUCAGAGUUUGUCGAUGCUGAACUACGAAGUGGACAUAUUGUGAGGCACCCACUGUACGAUCUACUGGUGAACUAUUUAAGGAUCAGAGCCAAGAUUGAUAAAAACAAACUAGAGCUGGAAUUUUUAAAGCAAAACUGCGCUGAGUAUCAAAAGAACAUUUGGUCGCUCGAACUUGCAAGGAUAUCUGAAAAUGGCGAGUGUCAGGAUGGUAACCCAGUUGUUGGGACGUACGAGUAUCGAGUCUCCAGGAUGAACGAAGUACUGUACUCCAAACUCUCUCAUAGCCUUCUCGAAAUCCAAGAAAUACGUCAAGAACUCUCUUUCAAUAUUCACUCUUGUGAAGUCAUUAAAUUUAAGGUCGAAAAUUUUAUUCAGUCAUUAGUGUCGCAUUUCAAUUUCUUAAAUCCUAAUACCCCAGUGUCUCUAGUCCCUGAAUCAUCUGCUGUUUCGCACCAAGUUAGUCAUAUCAAAAUUGAACUACGGAGUGCUAUCUCUGUUUUAUUUGCAUUCCAAAGACAACCCAUCUCAGAUGAAGGAUUUGUAAGUUUUGUACGCAAUUAUCUGAACCAGUUGAUUGCUAUUCUGGUACGCGUGGCUACCUGGAAAGAUCACUUGUUUAUCUUGAAUCACAUUCUAAGGUGUCCCGCUGGGUUUUCCAGUUGGGCAGCAAAUUUCAUUCAGCUUCCUGUUCCAUAUGAAGGAUCUCAUCAUGACCAAGCAUAUCUAGAUCAUUUCAUCGCAGUGUUGGCCGGAGUAUUACUUCCUAUAAAUAGCAGAGAACAGUUUUUGCAGUCAUUUUUGAGUGAUUCAGAAUCUGAAGGGGAGGCAUUGUGGGUCUUUGUGAAUGAAGAUGGUGAUGAUGAAGCUGAUGAAGUAACUGGAAAGAAAAUUGUGUCCGCUCUCAAAGAAGACGAUGUGACUGAUUUGUUGAAUCAAAUACCUUUUGAACAAUUUUUUCGACAAUUAUUGCUUAUUACGAACAGAGAUGGGAAUGACUUCUACGAUCCAAGUAUCAUCUCAGACAGGGAUAUUCUACGGAUGUUGGCCAUUUCCUCCUUAGUUGUCGGACUUUUAGAAUGUGGCAUGACAAAUUUCAGUGCUCCUCGCUACAAGCAAUUUGUUAAGAGACUGGGAAGAUUAGCUGUCCAUAUAGUGGAGUACGCUUCUGAUCAUCUUAAAACCUUCAGAUCCGUUUGCUCUACUAGAUCAAUAGUUGAUAGCAGUCUGUUUUAUCGUUUGCAAAUUGAGUAUGAUGGAUUUUUCAAGAGAAGUUUUCUCUGUUUGUACAACAACCAAGCGACAUGGCAAUUUUUGACUUCCCUUCCUUACGACUUACUUUCCAUUCAUAACUUGUUCAAACUGUUUCCGUUUCUUGUGCCUUUCUCUAAUAACUUACCUGAUGUUGAAGCCUUUGAGGAGACAUUGUUGUCUUUAUCAGAUGAAAAAAUAAUAUAUCUCCUAACAACUAUUUCAAACAUGGCAUCAGCCCGAUCAGUCGAAGAUUGGGUCUUCAUCAAAUCCAUUGCAUUGCUCCUAUUAAAAGUUGGUGUAAUGUCCAGCAAAUGCCGAGAUAAAUGUUCCAAAUCUGUCCGCAAUCUGCUCGCAAGCUUAACAACCAGGUUUCCGAAUCUACUCUCAGAGUUUAUUUACAUUUUCAAAAAUGAAUUCUCUGAUGCUGGAAAGAUCACCCUAUUUUUAUUUAACACCAUGUGCUUAGACAACUGGAGGCCAACCGAGCAAGAUUUCAACAUCAUUAGCAAUUGGUUGCUUCUCUAUCCAUUGAUCUCCGCUGAAAACAAUCUCGGACGUUUUAUUAUUGACCGCCUAAACUAUGGCUUUGAUGCCUCCAAUGAAAACUUGUUUCUGCCUUAUGAUGUCCAUUGUAAAGUUGCGAUUCUAGUCGUUAAAACUGCUGUUCUUCAUGGGCCAGAAACUGUGGGGUCUCAGAAAACUGAUGUUCUAUCAGAAAGUAUGAAACAGGUUUCUUCUAUUGUCAAAUUGCAGUCCCCUGAGCAGAUUCUAAGUGCAUGGGCAUGGAGAGUUCUAUUGAAACUGCGGUUACACUUAUUGGACCAAUCCAGUGCGAAAGUUUUUAAGACUGUGAUAAAUGUUUGUCAGGCUGUUUCGAAUUUACCAUCCUUGGAGCACCCAACAGAGGAAAUGAAAUGUUUGUCAGAAAACAUUGGGAAGCAUCAAUCUAUUGCAUUGUAUGCAAGUUUGAUGAUGACUACAAGUGGCCAUAGCCUGCCCCUCAUUUGUAACCAAGGAUUUGACUUCAUUCUGAAAUUAAUAAAUAGUUACUAUUAUACCCCAGCAUUCGUUUCCUUGGAACUAAUAUUCCCGCUUUUUAUCGAAUCUGCUCAAUCGUUGUAUUCAUCACAAAAAUUCCGCAAUAUUAUGUUGUCAUUAUUAGCCGCAGACCGCACUUACUCAAGGUCUGCCAAGAAUCUCAUUUAUACCGAUUUUCCUGGCCCAAUUUUGGCUCAAUUUGGUGACCUCAUAAAUUUUCAUUUAAAAAAUUUUGAAAGUUAUGCGCUUAAUAAUUUUGGCCCAAUUAUUGAGUUGUGGCUGAAUUGCCUCUUGUCAGUUUGGAAAAUGGAACCUGCUAGCACUGUUUAUCUAAUCAAUAUUUUGUUGAAGACUGCCUUUUUUGAUGCAAAUAUGAGACUGAGGGUCCUUGAAAUCCUUACCACUUUUUACAAAUCACAGAUGAUGGGUGACUCGCACAAUUCAACGAACGGUCUUUCGUUCCUAGUCAGCUGGAUGUCUAACAGCACUCAAGCGUACCCAACUCUAAUUCCAAAAAACAUCUUCCAACCAGAAUUGAGCUGGUAUGCCCUCUUUGUUCUCGAAAUUGAAGAGAAGAUCAUGGAGAUAGAAACCAACGUUUGGUCAGAGCUUCUGCAAUCGCUCGCCUCAUCUAAUAAGAAAACCUCAAUCGACAAUUCUCUGAAAAGAGUUUGUUCGAAUCUCAAAAUACCAUGUUUCGGCAGUGCCAUGCUGGCUAUUUUUCGGUGGAGCCAGUUUGGAUUAGCCCUACCUUGUGACGACCCAGUGUUACCAUUGUUCUGGCAAAAAUUCUUCAUGCUGUACUUAGCUCGCGUACCUGGUCCCUCUGACAAGGGUAGCGUUGGAUACAAAUUUUUCGAAGGCAUUUCAAAUCAAAUGUAUUUGAAAAAAAUUAAGAAAAAACUACUUGAUUCAGUAGAGCAUCAUAAUAAUGAGCUGAAGAAGAUAACCUCCAACAAUUCACCACUUGAAGAAUUUCAUGAAAACCUUGUUCGGUUCUAUAAUACUUUACUUCUUUGGCUGGAAGAGGCUCGUUUGCAAGAAGCAGAUCUUUUCCUUCCUGCUUUUCCAUCCAAUUAUAACACCUACAAACUCUCGCUGAUCUUAGAAAAAGACGCUAGCUACUGGACAGAGUACUUAAAUGUAAUGGUCAUCGAAGAUGAGAAAAAAGCAUCAGUGAAAAAUUGGAUGGAUUCUAAGAACCGAGGCAAAGAAAAUUUGUUUAGCUCAACUGCUAAUUCUUGUUUAAUGGAGGAUGAUCCGAUCAAACGCAUCAUUAAAAGAUUGAAAUCAUAUGAUACUCCUAAAGCUCCACCUCAGCUGAAGCCAUCCAGUCAAGUUAUUCCCAGUUACCCGCGGGACGCCUUGCUAAAUAAAACAGUAAUGAUGGAGAAAGUUCAGAAAUCUUUGAAACCUCUCGCCAAUUUUUCUGCCUCUCACGCAGCCCAACUGGAGUUAUACUCAGAUUUAGAUUCUAAAUUUUUAAAUUCAUUGCUGGAGCUCUACAAAGAUGUUGAGAAGGAAAUAGUCUUAAAAGCAGCCUGCGACACUGUGAGUCCCAAUCGAAGGAAAUCGCCACAAAAUCUACAUUGUGCUGGGCCAGCUACUAUAAGAUUACUGGUGAGAGAAGCUCAGAUAAACUAUGCUGUAGAUGCUAUGCUGAAAGAAAAUCGUUCAGAAUCGGAGCGCCUUCUGAAAGCAUCCCUACUGGAACCGCCAUCAAAUUUGUGCAUUUCAACUAUUUUUAUUGAGAAUCUAGUCAAAGCAUUUGAGCAGGAGUUUUUGGAGGUGUCCAAAAUCGGAGAUGCAAAAUUAAUAUGCGCUCUCAAGGACGUUGGUGUUGCCUUAUUCUAUCAUUUUGUCUCGGUGUUUGAGGUCGAAACAUUUGUUUAUGCACCAAGCAAACAGUUUAUCCUGGAUAUAAUCCAUUUGCUUGGAGAGCGUUUUAUAGAUAACGAAGAAGCUGAGUGUUCUAGAUUGCUGGAUACUGUUUUGAAGAAACCAAAAUUGGAACAAAUUCUAACCACUCACUUCACCCCUCUGGCUGCCCCUUCGCCAGUUUUCCUGUUGAUGUAUCGAACUCUCUGUGAUUCUAUAGAUUUUCAAAGUGUGGAUCUAUGUUUUUCUCUCUUGUCCAAGUUUGAUGUUCAGCAAUGGCUAGUUAGCAAAAAGCCCCGCUUGUCUGAACGAUCUCAACUCCUCGAUUUAAUACGCAAGUCUCUCUCGUAUUUUGGCAGUAGGCCUGCCAAUGCAGUAGCAUCCAUCCACGAGGUUUACAGGAAACAUCUGUGUGUGUUACUCGCCCAUGAGUUUCCAGAACACUAUGGUGAAAUCCUUCAUAGUGUUUUAUCUCAUACUGCAGAGGAAUCAAUAUCUCCUGAGGUCUGGUUCAGUGUACUCAACACUUUAAUCGGUUCCUCUCAGUACGUUUUGAAACCUGAUCUCUCAAUAUCCCAAUUGAAAGAUAUAGCACGAAAGUAUGCCACAGAACAGCGGUCACUAAGUUACCAUGAGUUGACGGAAACCAUAGUGUUGUUAAGUAAUCACUUCAUGAAAGAGAGGGUUGCCAAUGGGCUCUAUGGUCUCUAUCCCAAGUACAAAAUUUACUUGGAAAGUUUUAACAUUCUGUUGAUGUUGAUCAGCCAUGCAUUGAUCGCAUCAAUUCUGCAGCAAGAUAGGGGUUCUCUUGGAGAUAAAUUGUGUGAGCAACUAUGGCCAAAACUUCUGAAUCUUUUCUCUCCAUGGAUAUCACCAUAUUUCACAUCUCAGCUCAAUGAGCCAACUCCCAGUUGGGUUCAGCAGCUCGCCGAUGACCGCUCGGUUUUACCCCCAUUUGUUGCAGAAGAUACCUCCAAAGCAAGCAAAGUCAUGACAAUUUUUGUAGAAGCCAUCAAAUUCAUUUUUGAAGUCUUUCCAAAUAAUAGCAAUAUUCUAAGUUUUGUUUUGCAAUUCUAUGGAACAAGUUACGCAAAUGCAGCAAUCAAAGAAUUUAUUUUGAAAAUUGUACAUGAUAAUCUCAUUACUUUACCUUGGCAGAAAUACGUUCCCUACGUUCAAGAUUUGGAUUUAAUGAUUAAA